GGCAUGGCGUCCAUGGCGGCGGCGAUCGCGGCCUCGCGCUCGGCCGUCAUGAGCGGGAACCGGCCUCUGGAUGACAGGGAGCGGAAGCGCUUCACCUACUUCUCGUCGCUGAGCCCCAUGGCCAGGAAGAUCAUGCAGGACAAGGAGAGGAUCCGGGAGAAGUACGGGCCCGAGUGGGCGCGGCUGCCGCCCGCGCAGCAGGACGAGAUCAUCGACCGGUGCCUGGUGGGGCCGAGCGUCCCGGCGCCCCGCGACCCCGGGGACCCCGAGGAGCUCGCGCGCUUCCCCGGCCUGCGCGGGCCCACCGGCCAGAAGGUGGUGCGCUUCGGGGACGAGGACAUAACUUGGCAAGAUGAGCACUCUGCCCCUUUCUCCUGGGAAACGAGGAGUCAGAUGGAGUUCAGCAUCUCCUCCUUAUCCAUCCAAGAGCCGAGCUGCGGCAAUGCCGGCGAGCCCAGGCAACCGUCCAAAGCUCCCCAGGGCUCGCAGGCCCUCCGUCCCUCCCAGGCCGGCAAGUCCUCCAGCCUGGACGCUCUGGGUCCCGCCCGGAAGGAGGAGGAAGCAUCCUUCUGGAAGAUCAAUGCAGAGCGGUCUCGGGGGGAGGGCCCCGAGGCUGACUUCCAGUCGCUGACCCCCAGCCAGAUCAAGUCCAUCGAGAAAGGGGAAAAGGUCUUGCCUGCCUCUUCCUGGCAGGAGCCGGCCCCGAAGGCCAGGGAGGCCCAGGCAGAAAGGCCCGGCGUCCUCCGCCAGGAGCAGCGAGUCCUCCCCAGCACCAGCCUGGACCACGAGCGACCCCUGCCUGCCCAGACCUGCACUAGCCCGCUGGGCGAAGCUGUCCCCGCCGGGCCCGUGGGGAAGCCGCCCUCCCCCGAGGCCGGGUGGGAGGCCACGGAGGACACAGAGGACGCCCUGUUCUUGGAUCCCGUGCCCGCACAGGUCAGCUCGAGUAAUGUCAUCUUGAAGACAGGAUUUGAUUUUCUGGACAAUUGGUAAAAAAUGCGUUCGACAAAACAAACCAACCAAGAACCCCAAAAUACUUUCCAAAGUGGUAGGCAAAGGAGGAGGAAAAAAAAAAAAAAAAGACAGCAUUUUCCUGUGUCUUUUCCUGGUUUCUGUACACUUGUUUCUUAAUCAUUUGGAAGCUGGUAAAUGUUGCCUUGUCCAGAUUCCCAGUUUCUCUUUUUUUGGGGAAGACCAGCUAUCUAUGCUAUUUUCAAUGAUUUGAUAACAGAAGUUUUUACAUUUGGAAUUAAAAAAACCAGACAAACUCUUAGGAAUUCAGGAAACCUUAUAAAUAAAAACUUCUGCUCCAGCUCCACCCAGUUCUUCCCCUCCUGAGAGAGUUUUCUCCACCGUGUCACAAAAUCAGAAAGUGAUUUCCAUGGCCUCUGCCUGGUCCCCUCCCUUUUAAAACUGUGCGGAGCCACCUUUGAUGGUGGGAGUUGGAGGCGACCUCAGCGUGAGCGGCCCUGAACUCUCGCCCGAUGCUCCCGGCUGCCCAGGGCUUCCCCAGCCGAAGCCGCGUGUCUCACGUCCUGUUCCUCCCUCAUCCUCGUCCUUUCCAGGAAAGACAGUUGGCACAUGGUAGAGGUCGUCUUUAAGCUGAUACUUACUCAAGCAAAUUAUUCAUCAUUGUUUAAGAAGAGUUGCAUGUUUAAAAGUUUUGUAUUAACUUCGCGUUAUUUUGUAUCUAGAUGUAGCAGUUGUAGGGUUACCGCUUUUCUUGGGUUCGACCAGCUUCCCCCUGUAGAGCCUCGCUGCUCCUGGGACCUGCCGAGUGUUGCCUGCCCUGCGCGUCUGCAGGAGGCAGGCCGGGUGGCAGGCGCCGCUGGCCGGACCAGCAUCCUCUGAUCAGCCGCGUUAGGACCUCCCAGCGUGGGGCUGGCGGCGGCAGCGCUCGUGCUUCAGCCCGAGGACCGGUCAGACUGCGCCACGGUGGCCCCUCCCCGAGCCCGGAGCGAGGGCCGAAGCGCCCCUGCAGGCCUUCGUGGUCAUGGCAACAGCAUCUCGUGGCGCUGGACUUGGCUGCCGGCAGCGCUGCCGCUGGGGAGGGGGCUGGGAGCAGCUCCGAGGCUGCCCAGGGGGGCAAGGUGGCCCCUGCCCCAGAUGGGGUGGGGUAGGAUGGGAGGGGACGCCCUGUCCAGUGGCCCCUGCGCAGCGUGAGCCUGCAGGACAUUCCCGAGCGCGGUUUCCACGUUGCUUCACUGUGUUCUCCUCACCAGACGCCUUAAUCCCCGUGAGUCCUGCCGGUGAGCACCUGGUUUCAGUAUCAAAGUGUGUCUUUUAAAAUGCCUUUGUUUCAUAGGACCUUCUGAAAUGAUUUCCAGAAUAUUUGAACCAGCUCCAGGGUAAAGACCAUGGCGACAUGUAUUUUUUUCCAGGAAAGUUUCUGCCAAAGCUGUGGCCUGGCCAACUUUUGGCUUGGUUUCUGCCAAUUGCGUUAUGUCCCUAACCCUCAUUUGGCCCCUUGGGGUGUUGGCUUUGACCCUUCUUUUUGGUGACAGAUUGCAUUGUGGUGAAUACAGGUUCUUUCUGUACCGUGUGAAUAUAGCUGAAACAUUCAAGGGGGAAAAAGGUCCCUAGCAUUGUGGUGAGGGCAAAAUGAGUUUAGCAGUCCCAGCCGGAAUCGUACGGUGGGUGCCAGCCCCUUGGGUCAGCCACUGAGCCUCAGAUCUGGGCUCACCAUCUGCUCCACUUCCAGCUUCGAGGGCUGUCGACUGUGUGAGAACCCACAUUUGAAAGCAGGUUCCCCUAAUGAAAGAAAGAUAUUCAGAAGUGAGUUCGCAUUCCUUGGUGUAGUGGAGAAGAAAGAUCUACAUUCUGGGACAGACGAUUAGCCCGGGGUGAUCUGUCUGUUCUGUUGGGAGAUGGUUCUAAUUUCUUUUCCACUUUCUCCUGAAGCCCAGGAUUCCCAUCAAGCUCUCCUGGGAGCUGAGGGGGUGCGGGGAUUAUGGAGAGCUUCUGCCUUUUUUGGCAACAUCUGAGGUCCAGUACCCAGUGGUGUUCAGUUAUCUGCAACAGUUUAAAGUUGCGUAGAGUUUCAGCCUCCUGAGAUUAAAUGUAAAAUCAAAACUUGGGAAAUCCUAGAGGGCGUUCUAAAGCUGUGUUGCUUUGUUCUAUUCUCGGAAGUGAUGAAGCAUGAGAGGGAGAGGUGGGGGCCUGGGGGACACCCACUCAUGGGCCUCAUCCUGCUGACCUGCGGUUCCUCCUCUUAGUCCUGGGUGGUCUGUGCAAAGAUGGGUCCUGGUACCGUCCUCCUGGGAAUCUAUGUUCAGUGUUUCCACGUAAGGGAAAAUUAAGCUCUUCUGUUUGCCACUUUUUCCCCUAUGGAUCAGGAUAGGGUUUCUAAAACCAGUCAUUUUCAUUUAUUGUUUUAAAAAUACACAUUUUUUCAUGCAUGCUGAGCAUGCACGAGGCCCUGGAUUUAAUUCCCAGUACUCCUCUGAAAAUAAAUAAAUAAACCUAAUUACCUCCCCCACUCCCUGCAAAAAAAAAAAAAAUACAUACUUUUCAGCUGAAGCCUGAAUGUGGUUUUGGGUCCCCCCUCCCUUGUCUGCCCCCGAGGUUCAGCUCAAGGAUUCAGUGUCUUGCUUUCGGUGACUGCAAUUUGCAAAAUCACCACCAGGAAGUUAGAAACCAGUCUCAGUUCUUUCACCUGGGGUCCCUCCCUGCUGCCCUCUGGGUUUGGGGGUACCGCCUGCUCUGGGAACAGCACCUGCAUGGGUGCAGAGCAGCCUCUCUUUCUUUGAUACACGUUUUCAACAAAUGAAAAAUUCUUACUGACUACUUGUAACUUGGUUGUAUUUUAUAUUAACAGCCUUUAAUAAAGCCAUUUAAAAUUUG